CGAUCCCUUCUUGUUUAUAUACUCGUCGCCUGGCCUCUCCCUCGACGUCCAGGUUACCAGCAUUCCAGCAUUCCAGCUGCCCAGCACCAAUUGCCCGUGGAACUUAAGAUGCACUUCAAUCGCAUAGUGCAGGUCGUGACCGCCAUCACGGGCGUGCUCGUGAGCACAGGAGAAGCGGUCGCCGUCAACCCUCUCCCCGCGCCCCGGUCAAUCACCUGGGGGACCACCGGCCCCAAGCAAGUCGCUGGAUUCCUCGUGUUGAGGGGAUCUCCAAACCAGAUCGUCUCGGAGGCCUGGAACCGCGCAUUCCAGACAAUCACAACCCUGAAAUGGGUGCCAGCCGCCACCGAAGCCCCAAUUGCGACGUACGCGGUCUUCCCAACGACCCCAGCCAAGGUCAAGCGCGCGCCUUCGCUGCUCAUAGAAGUAAACCUCAGUGUCAAGGACGGCAAUGCACCGCUGCAGCACGAUGUCGAUGAAUCGUACACCCUGGACAUCACGGCCAACUCGCCUGUGAUCAGCAUCACCGCCAACACGACCUGGGGCGCUCUCCACGCGUUCACGACUCUCCAGCAGCUCAUCAUCUCGGACGGUCAUGGCGGGCUCAUCGUCGAGCAGCCCGUAUCGAUACAAGACGCGCCGUUGUACCCGUACCGUGGAAUCAUGAUUGACAGCGGGCGCAACUUCAUCAGCGUCCCCAAGAUUCUAGAGCAGAUAGACGGCAUGGCGCUGUCCAAGCUGAACGUGCUCCACUGGCACUUGGACGAUGCCCAGUCCUGGCCCGUGGAAAUGAAAACCCUCCCCAUGAUGACCAAGGAUGCGUACGCCCCGUCCCAGAUCUUCACCCAGAGUGAUAUCAAGAACGUGAUUGCGUAUGCCCAGGCACGUGGUGUCCGCGUGAUCCCCGAGGUCGACAUGCCAGGCCACGCGUCUUCCGGCUGGAAACAAGUUGACCCUUCGAUCGUGGCCUGCGCCGACUCCUGGUGGUCGAAUGACAACUGGCCGCUGCACACGGCCGUUGAACCCAACCCGGGCCAGCUCGAGAUCCUGAACAACAAGACCUACGAGGUUGUGGAGAAGGUCUACGACGAACUUUCGGGUCUGUUCACCGACAAUUUCUUCCAUGUUGGCGCCGACGAGCUCCAGGAGGGCUGCUACAACCUGAGCACCAUCACCCAGGACUGGUUUGCGGCCAACUCGUCGAGGACAUACGAUGAUCUGGCACAAUACUGGGUCGACAACGCCGUGCCCAUCUUCAAGAAGCCCGCGAAUCGCCGGCUCAUCAUGUGGGAAGACAUCUACCUGUCGACGCCCCAUGCCAGCAACGUGCCCAAGGAUAUCAUCAUGCAAACAUGGAACAACGGGCUAGCCAACAUCAAGACCCUGGCCUCAGACGGCUACGACAUCAUCGUCUCCUCAGCUGACUUCUUCUACCUCGACUGCGGCUUCAGCGGCUGGGUAACUAACGACCCGCGCUACGACGUGAUGUCCAACCCCGACCCAUCCACGCCCAACUUCAACUACCUCGCCGACGGCGGCUCCUGGUGCGCCCCCUACAAGACCUGGCAGCGCAUCUACGACUACGACUUCACCGACAACCUGACCAGCACCGAAGCCGCGCACGUGCUCGGCGCCGAGGUGCCCCUCUGGUCCGAGCAAGUCGACGACACCGUCGUCUCGUCCAAGAUGUGGCCGCGCGCAGCGGCCCUCGCCGAGCUUGUCUGGUCGGGGAACAGGAACGCGGCGGGCGUAAAACGCACCACGGAGCUGACGCAGCGUAUCCUCAACUUUAGAGAGUAUCUCGUGGCGAAUGGCGUCCAGGCUACGCCGCUGGUGCCCAAGUACUGUCUGCAGCACCCGCAUGCGUGCGAUCUGUACUAUAACCAAUCGGCGAUUUCUCCCUAGGCUUGUCUAGGAGGGUGGAGAUGCCAGAGGAGUGUAUAUAGCACGUACGAUUUAAUAUAGAUAUCUAGUAUAUUAAUAGCUUGUGUCUUGUGUUCAGUAUAC